CUUUCCUUGAAACAUAUCAUUUGUUCUAAAGAUGUCUUCGUCCGAUUUAACUUCGCACAACUCCGAAGAAGACUUAUCUGACUACGAUGAAGCUUUGGAUGAAGUGAACAAACGCAUCAACGAAGCUUUCGAUAUCUUGAAGCGCGAGACGAGAAAAGCACGCAAGGAAAAGCGAUCUCUCGAUAAGGUCGCAAAGAAGCUGGAACACGUUCAUUUCUCGACGAUGGUGCAACUUAACGUCGGUGGUCACCUAUUUUCGACCAGUGUGGCAACACUGAGUAGAGAUCCAGGUUCCAUGUUACAUGCCAUGUUUUCUGGAAGAUUCGACACAAAGCCCAGUGAGGAUGGAUCUUACUUCAUUGAUCGAGAUGGAACCCACUUCCGUUACAUCCUGAACUAUCUUCGCAGUGGGCAGCUUGUUUUGCCCGAAGACAAGAUUGUUCGCAAGGAGCUGCUUAAUGAAGCAGAAUUUUAUCAAGUUCAGGGAAUUAUUGAUGAGCUUAAAGGAAAACCUUUUAAGGACACGUUGAUCUUGUCAUCAGUUCAACGGCAAACCUUGAUCAACUGGUUGAAGGAUACAAUGACAAAUGCUAGCAAUGAUUAUGUCUUGCUGUAUAGGGCUUCACGCAAUGGCUGGGAUGCGUCCAACUUUCAUGCCUGUUGUGAUAACAAGGGACCAACAGUUACAGUGGUCAAGAGUGGAAAUUUUAUAUUUGGAGGAUAUACUGAUCAACAAUGGGAGUCACAUGCUUCAGGAGUAUACAGAGAGGCUUCAGCCUCCUUCCUCUUCAGCCUUGUCAACCAUAGUGGCCUGCCACCGACAAGGAUGGCUUUGAAGGCUGGACGUGAAGGACAAGCCAUCUUUUGUUUCAAUGGCAAUGGCCCAGUAUUUGGUGGAAAUGAUCUUCGGUUUCCUUCUACACCAAAUUCCACCUCCUGCUAUGUAAACCUGAACAACACUUAUGAAUGCCCUGUAGGUCAGAAUGCUACUACAUUUUUUACAGGAGCUCAGUCAUUUACCAUCCAAGAAAUGGAAGUUUUUGGUUUUGAAAAGUAAGAGACUGCCUGGGCUAUUCACUUCAAGUAGUGACCAAAAAGGAAUUUCUCUUUAAAUUGUAGAUACAUUUGUGAGCAUAAAUGUGUUGAGAAGAUGGUGAAAAUAUCAGUUGUGGGCAACUGUGUGAAUGUAUAUCAAAUUUUCCUGGCUAAGAUUAUAGGAAAUGUAUGGUAGACAGUGCAGCUAAUUGAUAUGUAGGGCUUGGAAGGGGUUAAUGAUCAUAUUAAUGAAAAGAUAAUAGAUUUGAGGUGCCAUCAUUUGUUUGUACCAUAUUAUGCAAAUGAAUUGUUCGUGUCAAAGUUGUUAACCCUCCCUGG